CACCUUUUGGUGGUUGGUGUCAAUCAAACAGUGAUAGAACCCAAAAAGCAAAACAGAAAAGAGAAGAAGAAUGAAGAAGAACCUGGAAUCUAGAAACCCUUUUGGUUGAAUUAUAGAUUUCCAUUAAUGUAGUCAACAAAUUUCACAUGUACUCUUCCUUGUUCAACCAAUUUCAAUCUCUCCAAACCAUAACAGUUCCUUCUUCUUUUCCCUUCUUUUCGCCUGAAGACCAGCUUGGCCUUGUUCACCAUGGCUGCACCAAGAAGAACCUUGCUCAAAGUCAUAGUCCUCGGCGACAGUGGGGUGGGGAAGACAUCAUUGAUGAAUCAAUAUGUGUACAAGAAGUUCAGUCAGCAAUACAAAGCUACAAUUGGGGCUGAUUUUGUCACAAAGGAACUGCAGAUUGAUGACAAAUUAGUCACAUUACAACUCUGGGACACAGCAGGGCAGGAGAGGUUCCAGAGCUUGGGGUCAGCAUUCUACAGAGGAGCAGACUGCUGUGUUCUUGUGUAUGAUGUCAAUGUACUGAAAUCAUUUGAAUCACUCCAAAGUUGGCAUGAAGAAUUCCUCAAGCAGGUCACUGAAACCCCCUCAAUUCCCUUAUAUUAUAUUGAAUUUCUGUGGAUUGAUUCAAAUGGGUUGUCUGGUAUUAUUAAUAUACAUUCACAGCAGGCAGAUCCAGCUGAGCCUGAGGUGUUUCCAUUUGUAGUGCUUGGGAACAAGGUUGAUGUGGAUGGUGGGAACAGCAGGGUGGUUUCUGAGAGGAGAGCUAGGGAGUGGUGUGCUUCCAGGGGAGACAUACCAUACUUUGAGACUUCAGCAAAGGAGGAUUUCAAUGUGGACGCUGCAUUUCUCUGUGUUGCUCGAGUUGGAUUGAGCAAUGAACAUGGACAAGAAAAUUAUUUUAGAGCAAUUUCAGAAGUUGUUUCAGAAACAGAGCAGAAGGGAGGGUGUGCUUGCUGAAGUGAGAGAUCUCACUGCAACCUGUUUUGUUUGUUUGAUUCUUUAAUUUAUUUGUGUUGGUGCUGUCUGUGUAUAUUAAGCAUUCAUCAUCCCUUUUUUAUUCUUGAAAUAAAUGAGUUUAUGUUCUUGCACCAAUCAAUUUGUAUAACACAUGACUCAAUGGACUCAUAUUCUAUUUAUUUCUUUUAUACUAAAG